AUUUAAUUGAAAUUGAAAUAAAACAAAAAGAGAUUUGUAUUGAAUUGGUCUUUCAAAUUCAUAUAAACAUAUAUAUAUCGUACUACAUAAACAUCCAUAAUGUUUCCAAUGACAGCAUUCCCAUUGAAUCCAGUGAAUUGUGGACGAUCAUCAACAGAUUUAAUAUGGCCUAAUACUGAAACAUUACAGAAUAUUGGAUCUGCAUUGAAUUGUGAUAGUUUAUCAUAUAUUAAUAAUAAUAAUAAUAAUUCCUCAUUGUCUAAUCAAAAUUCAAUCAAUAAUAGUACAUCAUCAGCAUUAAUCACUAACUCUUCAAAUUUCCUUUCCUCACGACCUAAUUAUACCUGUACUCUUAAUCAAACUUAUCGACUACAAGAAAAUCGAAUUCAAACAGGUUAUUUAAAUGAAGAAUUAUCAGAUCAAUGUAAUGAUAAUAUUGUUACUACUACCACCACCACCACCAUCACCACAACUGCCACUCCUCCUCCUCCUCCUCCUUCUAAUUGUAGUAACAAUAAUAAUGAUAAAUCUCAUAUAGAUAUCUCCAGUAAAUCAUCUACAUCUAAUACAAUGAUGAAAUCUGAAAGUUUACUACAAUUAAAUAAAUUCCCUUCAUCAUUAUGUAAUACAAUGAAAUCAGAUAAUUCCAAUUAUGAGAAUUGGUCAAAUGAUCAUAGAAAACGUCAUAAAAAGUCUAAAUUACAUUCUAUUAUUCAUACAGAUAAUAACUUCAUUCAUAAUAAAUCAACUAUCAAUCGUAUAUCAACAGAGGAAACAUCACCUCAUUCAUUAUAUAUAGAUGAAUCUAUGGAUGAAAUGAUAUACAAUAAGGCAACUUCAUUAGAGAAUGAGAAAAAUCAAUUACAUUCAUUAGAAUCAUCUACAAUCAAUCUUGUAUCUAAGACAAAAUUAUCUAAUUUAAAACAAUUAACUAAUGAAUUAUCAAAUGAACAACAACUACAGCAACAACAACAACCGCAGCAGCAGCAACAACAACAACAACCACAGCAGCAACAACAACAACAAUUAAAUUAUUCAUUUAAUAUGUUACCUACAAAAAUGACUGAUUAUACAAAUCAAUUAUUAUGUAAUGAAUAUAAUGAUAAUCAUUAUAAUAGUUUAUCAUUACAACAAUAUAAUAAUAAUAAUAAUAAUAAUCAUUGUCCACAAUCUAUUCAUCAUGAUAAAUCCCAAUUGAAUAAAAAUAUUAAAGAAUCACUAAAUCAUAUUUUAUCUACAAAUUAUUCAUUAAAACAUAAUCAUUCACAGAAUACAAUAAAUUCAAUGAAUGAAGAAGGAGUUGAUGAUGAUGAAGAAGAAGAACAAGUAGAAGAAGAACGAGAGGAAGAAGCAUAUAAAACAAUGAUUAAUACAAGUAAUCAUAAUGAUCAUGAUAUUGUUACAAAUUCUAUUUCCAUCAUGACUACUACAUCGACGCCGACAUCGACGUCAACGACGGCGACGACGACGAUGACGACUAUGAUUAAUACAACUAUUACUACAACUACAACAAAUAGUAUGAUUAAUAUAGAUAGAAGAUUAAAUGAUCCAUUAACACAUUCUCAUAAUGAAAUGAAUACAGAUACAUGGAAUACAUCUAUACCAUCAGAAUAUUCAACAAAUAUAUUACCACAACAUUUAGCUUCAUUCUAUUCGACUUGUUCAAAUGAGAUUGCAUUUAGAAAAAGUUUAAUAUUUAAUAAUCAUCAAAAUAUGAAUAUAGAAUCAACAAAUUAUUCCACAUACAAUAAUAAUAAUAAUAAUAGUAGACAAGACUCAGAGUGUCGUACAUCUUCAUCACCAUUACCUUCUAUUAUGCAAACUAAUAUAGACUUGAAUUCAAGUUCUAUGUUAAAUUGUAAUGAGGUGGAUAAUUUUAAUAAAAUAUCUUCUUCGGAUGAAAUUAAAUUCAAUGUAAACACUAAUAGUAAUCAUAAUGAAUUAAAUGAAAUGAAUGCCAAUUCAAAGUUCAACAAUCCUAUACAGCAACAACAAUCUCAAUCAAGGAGAAUAAUUAAUGAUUCAUUAAUACAGAAUGAUUUAAACACAUGUAAGUCAAUACAUCAUAAUUCGAAUCUCCCUCCUCCUCCUCCUCCUCCUCCUCCACAUCAACAACCACAACAACAUCAAAGACAAAGAGGAUUUGAAGAUGAUCAAAUGAUUGAUGAUUUAAGUGUAGCAUAUCAUUCAGCAGCAGCUAUGGCAGCAGCUGCUGUUGUUGCACAAGCAGCUGUAGCAAGUGCAAAUGUAACAAAUCAUCAUUUGGAACAUCAACAUCAUAAUCAUCGUCAUGAACAAUCAAUACAUCAACAUCAACAUUUACAUUCACAUCAAAAUCAACAUCAACAAUCUCAAUAUCUUGAUAAUGAACAAUCCAUGUUACAUACACAUAUGGAACAAUAUGGUGUACAUACUAAUAAUAAUGGUAAUAAUAAUGAUAAUGUUUUACAUCAAUCACAGUAUAAUAUGAUGAAUCAAAAUUUAGGAUUAUUUCCUCUUAUAAAUAAUACAAAUUCAUUGAAUAAUGCCCAGAAUAUAAAUAAAACAAUGAAAAAUAAAAAAUUAACAAUGACAGAAGGAAGAGAAUGUGUCAAUUGUGGAGCAACUAGUACACCGUUAUGGAGACGAGAUGGACAAGGAAAUUAUUUAUGCAAUGCAUGUGGCUUAUAUCAGAAAAUGAAUGGUCAAAAUCGUCCAUUAAUUAAACCUAAACGAAGAUUGCAAUCCUCUAGCAGACGUACUGGUACUAUAUGUUCCAAUUGUCGUACAAUAACAACUACAUUAUGGCGUCGAAAUACAAAUGGUGAACCUGUUUGUAAUGCAUGUGGACUUUAUUUCAAACUGCAUAAUAUUCAACGACCCAUUUCAAUGAAAAAAGAUGGAAUUCAAACACGUAAUCGUAAAGUUUCACAAAAAACAAAAAAGCAUAAAUUUGGUUUCUAUUCAGAAUUAUCUGAUUUACCAGUGGAUUAUUUAAUGAAAACACCUUUACAUAGAUUUGGUGCCGCAGCAGCAGCAGCAGCUGUUGCUGCUAAUCAUUUUGCAUGUACUACACGUGGUUCACAAACAAUUACACCGAAUUCACCAAAUUCAAUGUGUAAUCCAUAUUUAACUGGUUAUUUCUCAGAUAAUAAUAUUAAUAGUAACAAUACUACUACUACUAAUAAUAAUAUUUUGAAUGAAAUAAAACAUAAAGAUAUGUCAAGAAUUGAAGUUGAUAGUUCUGAUGAAACUGGACAGUUUAAUGAUGUGACAAAAGCAUUUCAUGCUACAUUUGGAGGUUUAACUAAUAAUAAUAAUAAUAAUAAUAAUGAUAAUAAUAAUAAUGAUAAUAGACAUUCCAAUCAUUUCUCUCUUAAUUCACCUCAUCCAACACAAAUACACCCUCAUCAUAUUGAUCACUUACAACAACAAUAUAUUCAGAAACAUCAAUCCCAACCAAUGAAUUCAAUGAAUUUCACAAAUGAUCCUUAUACACAACAUACAUCUAAUUUAAUGAAUAAUCAAAUGAAUGAGAAAUAUUGUAGAUAUCAGAAAUCUAAUUAUAUUACUGAAUUAGUUUAUAAUCAUUCAACGAAUAAUGAUCAGAAUACUAGUAAUAAUACAAAAUGUGAAUCAUUACAUAUGAAACCAUCAAAUAUCGUUCAUCAUCAUCAUAAUCAUCAUUCACCGACAGAUGCAUUAAUACAAUGGCAUGCACAAUUACGAUCCACACCAAAUCAAUUGGAUGGAAGUGGGUCGAUAAAUUUUAAUUCUGCUUCACUAUAUAAUAAUUGUCAACCAAUCACACGACUGGGAUGUAAUAAUAAUACUAAUAAUAACAAUGGCAUAGUCGGUGGUAGUUGUAAUAGUAAUAGUAGUAAUAGCAGUAGUAGUAGUAGCAGUAGCGGUGCUAGUAUCACACAUUCCUAUUAUAAUCAAAAGAAUAAAAUCGAAUCUGAUCCCAUUGAUAAUAAUAAUAAUAGUAAUAAUCGUAGUAUUAAUAAUAAUUUAAUUGAUUCUAUAAAUCAUUCAACGAUCAUAUCAUCAUCAACCUCAUCAUCAGAACGAUCAAUUCAUGGUACAGAUUUAUUAAAUCGUUAUAAAUUAAAACUUUGUACUGAUUCAUUAGAUUCAUCCAUUUCACCUCAUUCAAGAGGACCUAUUGAAAAUGGAUUAUAUUUAAGUAAUUAUCAUAUAAAUCAAACAAUGGAUACUAUAAAACAUCAACAACAAAAUCAAUCAAAUCAUUCUGAUUUAAGAGUAUUUCCAUGAAAAUUAUAUCCCUUGAUUGAUUGAUUGAUUGAUUGGUUGGUUGUGAAUUGUAGAAUUAUCCCUUAUGUAAUAUGUUCAUGCUCCCAUAUCGAAUAUACUACUAUCCAUAUCAAUGAAUUGUAUACUAAUAAUGAAUGAUAAAUGAAAUGAUGUACAUUUUAACUUAUUUAGUAAGAUCAUCAAUAUUUUGCUCUUUCACUAUCAUCAUCAUCAUCAUCAUCAUCAUUAUGGAUGAUGAUUAUCAUCAACAUGAUCUAAAUAUUAAAAAAACUGAUCUUUAAAUAUGAUCCUGUUACAUAACUAAUUUUUGUUUUUGUUUUCUUUCUUUCGUUCUUUCUACAAAAUGAAAUUUCAUCAUUCAAUAAAAUGACAAUAGACUAAACUUUAUAUUCAAUUAGAAUUUUGAGCAUAUGAAAGAAGAAACAAAAAUAUUUGAAUAAUUCACAUAGAAACAGGGCGGAUUUUAAAAAAAACCAAAAAAAAACAACAACGUAUAACUAGUAUUUUGUUUAUUAUUUACAAUAGAGAACUUUGUAGAGUGAGAAGAUUGAAAAGAGAGAGGGAUAGAGAGAGAGAGAGAGGGUGAAUGAGUGAUGGAUAUACAGAAUAGAUUACUUAAUGACCACUAGUUUGCAUUUCAAUCCUUUAUAUAUAGAUAUACAUAAACAUAGAUCAAUUUAAUUGAGGUGUGUCUCUACCAAAACUAACUAUUCAAUUGAUGAUCUUUAUAAGUGUAAUCAUUGUUUCCAUUAAAAUCCAAUGGAAUCAAAACAAAAUUUAUGGAAAUUUAGAAAUCAGCAACAACAAUAGCAACAACAACAACAGCAACAGCAACAACAACAAAAUCGAAUAUUUCGAUCCAUGAAUACUAAAAAUAAAUAAAUAAAUGAAAAUUAGGCGAAACAAUAAAUGUGAAACGUACAUUCACACACACACACAUGAUAUCAUCAAUUGUUUAAUAGAAAGAAUUCAAGUCUAAUGGAUUAAAAUUCCGAUGUUCUUUUUCUUUGGAUUCAGACAAUUGAUGAUGAUGGUGACGACAACGACGAUGAUGAUGAUGAUGAUGAUGGUGUUGAUUAAUAGUCGUAGUACAGUGGUAUAUCUAUUCAUUUUCUUACAAAUCAAUAUAAUUUUCAUUUAUUUUGUAUAAGUUGAAAAAUUCUUGUUUUUCCUCAAUUAAAACUAAUUUAUUUUGAUGUUGUCUGUGUAGAAACAAAUAAUAAUAAUCAUAAACCAAUGGGAUCUAUUUGACCACGUAGUGCUUAUAUAUAUACACAUAUUACAAAUGAAUAAGUGAAUACUACUGAAUUCAACAUAAUAGUAGUAUCCUAUCACUUUUAUAAUCUUGAUAAAUAGGUGACUUUUAUUUUUAAAAUUAAAAUCAUAAUAAUAAUAAGUGAUAUUUAUUAUACAUCGCAACACGAAGAAUUCCAAAUUUAUUUAUGUUCUAUCAUGUAUAUAAUAUUUUAUUCUACCAUAUAUAGACAUACAUAUUUGAUUAUUCAAUGUUUGUAUAGAUUGUUUCACAAAAAAAGUUUUUUCUCUCCUCCCCCUCCCCUCCCCUUCUCUCUGUUUCUUUCUUUGUAUUUGUUGCUAAUGUGAAUUGAGUAAUUUCUUUUUUCCUCUUUUAAAACAUUAUUCAUUGAAAUUAUUGAGGGGGGGGGUUUCAUUUCUUCAUCAAUCUUAUUCAUGAUCACUGUUACUAUCAUAGUUAUUAUUAUUAUUAUUAUUAUUAUCCAUAUACUCAGCGGAAAGAGUCAAUAUUAUACAAACUUUAUAUUGUGAUGCAAAUAUGUUAUAUAAAAAUUAAAAAAAAAUUUGUUUGUGUUAUUGAACAAACGGUAAUAAAACACUAUUUCA